GGCCGCCAUCGAGCUAUGGAGCCCGUGGGCUCCGGGCCCGGGGGGCUCCCCGACUCUUUGGAGCAGCCCGCGGCCCCGGACAACCGGCUGUUUCUUGUGAAAGGUGGAAUUUUUCUUGGUACAGUUGCUGCUGCAGGAAUGUUUGCUGGUUUUGUUACAACUUUGUCACUGGCCAAAAAGAAAAGCCCUCAAUGGUUCAAUAAGGGAAUUACUGCCACAGCUGCUUUACCAGAGAGUGGUUCUUCUCUCGCCUUGCGAGCAUUGGGUUGGGGUUCACUUUAUGCAUGGUGUGGAGUUGGUGUAAUCAGUUUUGCAGUCUGGAAAGCUUUAGGAGUUCACAGUUUUGCCACACACGGUUCUACAUAA